GCUGCAUCAGCGUAUAAUGGAAACGAAUAAAUAGUUUUAAAAUAAGCAUAACAACCUCAGCCCAUCAACAUCUACAUAUCAGUUAAAGGUCUUUUCUGAUCUUUUAAAUUACGUAUUUCAUUGUAGACCAUUAGUGUCAGCGUCCAAUCGGGAGGCGGAUUGACGUCAUAGCGGUCGCGAGCAGCAGGACCAAACAAGCAACAUCCAGAGCGCGAGCCCCGCAUCUCCGCCUCAUAACGCAGUGAUAGAAGAUAAGAUGGCCACCUCCUCCUCCAAUCUGGAAGAAGACGAAAGUCUGAAAGGCUGUGAGGUUUUCGUGCAGAAACACAACAUCCAGCAGAUCCUCAAAGAGUGCAUCGUCAACCUGUGCAUCGCCAAGCCCGAGCGGCCUAUGAAGUUCCUGCGGGAACACUUCGAGAAGCUGGAGAAGGAAGAAUGCAAGCAGAUCAUGGCCCGUCAGAAGUCCAAUUCGCAGUCGGACUCUCACGAUGAUGAAGUGUCUCCUCCUCCUCCAAACCCGGUGGUGAAGGCCCGGCGCCGGAGAGGUGGGGUCAGCGCCGAGGUCUACACAGAGGAGGAUGCCGUCAGCUACGUCAGAAAGGUCAUUCCAAAGGACUACAAGACAAUGACUGCCCUGGCCAAAGCCAUCUCUAAGAACGUGCUAUUUGCCCACCUGGAUGACAAUGAGAGAAGUGACAUAUUUGAUGCCAUGUUCCCGGUCACACACAUCGCCGGGGAGACAGUAAUUCAGCAAGGUGAUGAAGGAGACAACUUUUAUGUGAUUGAUCAAGGAGAAGUUGACGUGUAUGUAAACGGUGAAUGGGUGACUAGUAUUGGAGAGGGAGGUAGUUUUGGAGAGUUAGCCCUGAUAUACGGAACUCCUCGAGCUGCUACUGUGAAAGCCAAGACUGACCUGAAACUGUGGGGAAUAGACAGAGACAGCUACCGCCGCAUCCUCAUGGGAAGCACGUUGAGGAAGAGGAAGAUGUAUGAAGAGUUCCUCAGUAAGGUGUCUAUACUUGAAUCCCUUGAUAAGUGGGAGAGGUUGACUGUGGCCGAUGCGCUGGAGCCUGUGCAGUUUGAAGAUGGAGAGAAGAUCGUAGUGCAAGGAGAACCUGGAGAUGAUUUCUUCAUCAUUACAGAGGGUACAGCAUCUGUUCUGCAGCGCAGGUCUGAUAAUGAGGAAUAUGUUGAAGUGGGACGUCUGGGUCCAUCUGACUACUUCGGUGAGAUAGCGCUGCUACUGAACAGACCCCGUGCAGCCACAGUCGUGGCCAGAGGCCCGCUCAAGUGCGUGAAGCUGGACCGGCCACGUUUCGAGCGCGUCCUCGGGCCCUGCUCUGAGAUUCUCAAGAGGAACAUUCAGAGAUAUAACAGCUUCAUUUCCCUAACAGUCUAACCCGACCUUUAUGACAUGCAUCUAGACCACUGUCAGGUUACUUGAGUGCCUGGUUGCAUAAAAUAAUGUGAGGUACUUCAUCAGUUUUGCUUAAAUCAUUAGCUUAACCCUAGUUGAGUUGCUCUGAACAGGGUCGACAGUAAAUAAUAAUAAAUAAAUUGAAAAAAACAAAAUUUCUUUUAUGCAGCCAAGCAUUCAGUUUUUACUUCUUUUUUUUUUUUUUUUUUUUGCAAGAAGCACAAAUGCUCCACCUUUCUGCUUUUUUCCUUUAUGUGAUUUUCUUUUUCUUAUGUGCACUUUGAAUUGACCUAUGCUGUCACAAAGCUUUAUUUCUGCAGAUUAAGAGAGUAAAUGAGGUGCCCAAAUGGACUGAUAUGAAACAUCUUCAUGUGGCAUGUGUAAAUGUCCUGUAGUACGUGCUACAUGCAGACUAGAGAUGCAUUUUGUACACUUGCCAUUCAGCAUUGAACAGGAAGGUAAUAUUACAGAUGGCCCAAGUAUGUUUACAUAGAUGAAAGAGUUUUUUUAUCCUUUGCCUUUUAGCUGUGUGUUUAGCGUGCUGUGUUUAACCCCAUGUGGGUCAGAUUGCUGUCUUGUUCGAGAGCUCUGACCCUCUGAUGCGAAAUCUGUUUAUUGAAAAAUGUUUUUUUGCUGUU